ACAUUUAGCUACAUAACAGUUACGUAGAUUAAACAUAGGACUGCAAAAGCUGUAAACCACUCGAUAGAGCUCCUUUAUUUCAUUUAAGGACGCUUACGCUCAGUCGGGCGGUAUAUUAUGAUUAGUUCUCUGGCAGCUAGCUCGCUGGCUAACAUUAGCUGAUGUUCAGUAAACGUCACCUCCGCGCGGAGCGCAGUUUGAUCCUACAUCAGAAAUCACAUGAUCCAUCCAGAUCCUGUCUGCUGCGAGUAAAAGCUACAGAUACUCCAAGGACGAUGAAGCUGAUCAUCCUCAAUGACUACGACCAGGCGAGCGAGUGGGCUGCGAAGUACAUCAGAAACAAGAUUUUACAGUUCAAAUCUGGCCCGGACAGAUACUUCACCCUGGGGCUUCCCACAGGAAGCACCCCCCUGGGUUGUUACAAGAAACUGAUUGAGUUCUACAAGAAGGGACAAAUCUCAUUCCAGUAUGUAAAAACAUUCAACAUGGAUGAAUAUGUAGGUCUGCCCAGAGAUCACCCAGAGAGCUACCACUCCUUCAUGUGGAAUAACUUCUUCAAGCACAUAGACAUUAAAGCAGAGAACACCCACAUCCUCGAUGGCAACGCUGCUGACCUGCAAGCAGAGUGUGCAGCCUUUGAGGAAAAGAUAACAGCUGCUGGGGGGAUCGAGUUAUUUGUCGGAGGUAUUGGACCAGAUGGACACAUCGCCUUCAAUGAGCCUGGUUCAAGUCUGGUUUCCAGGACUCGGGUGAAGACCCUGGCAAAGGACACUAUCAUGGCUAAUGCCAGAUUCUUUGAUGGGGAUCUCUCAAAGGUGCCCACCAUGGCACUGACUGUGGGAGUGGGAACUGUCAUGGAUGCAAAAGAGGUCAUGAUUCUCAUCACUGGGGCACACAAGGCUUUUGCUUUAUACAAAGCUAUAGAGGAUGGUGUGAAUCACAUGUGGACAGUGUCUGCGUUCCAGCAGCACCCACAGACUGUUUUUGUAUGUGAUGAAGACGCCACUCUGGAGCUGCGGGUCAAAACUGUAAAGUACUUCAAGGGGAUGAUGCAUGUGCACAACAAGCUGGUGGAGGCACCUCCCUCAAUAUCAGAGAAGAACUGAAGAGAUCUUGUCCAAGCUUUGUGGAUUCAUGAGGCAUUUUUCAAAACUUAACACUCCAAUGAUUCCCUUUUCUUCUGGUGGAGGUGCAUUGUUGAACAUCAAGCAGUGCUUGGAGUUAACCUCAACUAAUCAUAGAAAUCAGGUGAUGGUAUUGUGCAGGCCAAUCAGGUUUUCUCACGAUUGUUCAUACAGCUUUGCUUGUCAUUUGUUCUUUUUAAAAUAAAGUGCAUUUAAUUUGUAA